UUCCUCUCAGAUCAGAUUCACCCUCUCACAUUGAGUGACGGAGCAUCUUGUCUUGGUCUCUGCUCAAGAGAAGAAGUUCUGAGCGACUUUGACAUCCCCUUAGGAACUUGAUUAUUCAGAGCUCUCACAGAGGACAAGGAGGCGGCCAUCUUUCCUUCAGCUGUGAAUCAAAGAUCUGAUCACGGAGUCUACUCGACCUGCAUCAGGGUGUCAAGACCUGGUGGAACAACUAAACAACUGUAGACCUUGGACAAAGUUUUGGAUCGUUUUCCUGAACGAGCAGCAUAAGGAUCAGCUUCACUCUGACAUUAAUGGCUCCCAUACCAGAGGAUCUCUGCUGCCCGGUCUGUCAGGACGUCUACAGAGAUCCUGUCAUCCUGCCAUGUAACCACAGAUUCUGCAGAGACUGCGUGCAGAGCUGGUGGGCGGGGAAACACAAACGGGAAUGUCCAGUUUGUAAGAGAAUAUCGUCAAACAAAAAUCCAACAGUGAGCCUGGCGUUGAAGACCAUGUGUGAGGCCUACUUGUUGAAGAGAGAUCGGAGAGCUUCAGAGGAUCACAGGAAGAAACUUCAGGAAGCUCUGGAGCCCUUAAAGGAGAAGCUGAAGGAUUCUGAACGAGUUAAAGUGAAGUUUGAUAAAACAGCAGAUCACAUUCGGGUUCAGGCCCGACACACAGAGAGGCAGAUUAAGGAGCAGUUUAAGAAACUUCACCAGUUUCUAGAAGAGGAAGAGGAGGCCAGGCUGUGUGCACUGAGGGAGGAAGAGGAGCAGAAGAGUCAGAGGAUGAAGGAGGAGAUGGAGGCUCUGAGCAGAGAGAUAGCAGCUCUUUCACACACAGUCAGAGACACAGAGGACGAGCUGAGAGCUGAAGACGUCUCAUUCCUGAAAAACUACAAGGCUGCAGUGGAAAGAGUCCAGCAGCGCCCCCUGCUGGAGGAUCCACAGCUGCCCUCAGGAGCUCUGAUAGACCAGGCCAAACACCUGGGCAACCUGAGCUUCAACAUCUGGAACAAGAUGAAGGACAUGGUCUCCUACAGUCCGGUCAUUCUGGACCCAAACACUGUUCAUCCUGAAUUCAUCCUGUCUGAAGAUCUGACCUGUGUGAGAGGAGGAGAGAAGCAGCAGCUUCCUGAUAAUCCAGAGAGGAUUGAAGAUUCCUGGUCUGUCCUGGGCUCUGAGGGCUUUAACUCAGGGACUCACACCUGGGAUGUCCAGGUUGGAGACAUUUCAAACUGGAGAGUGGGUGUGUCUGUCCAGAGGAAGAGAAACAUGGCGUCUGGAUUCUGGGGAAUAGAGUUACAUGAAGGAUACGUAGCGGUCUCACCAUCAGAUGAAUCCACUGUUGUAGUUCAGAAGAAUCCUCAGAGGAUCAGAGUGAAUCUGGACUGUAACAGAGGAGAGCUGUCGUUCUCUGAUCCUGAUACUAACACACACAUACACACCUUCACACACACUUUCACUGAGAGGAUGUUUCCAUUCAUUAGCUUUUUGGAUUGUUGGGUACUGUAUCUCUUACCUUUAGAAAGCUUCACCGCACCACUGAAGAUAUUACCUCUGAACGUCUGUGUGACACAACAACAUGUCUGAAGUGUGAAGGUGGGGAUCAGUUCACAGGAGACCCCCUCAGUGGUGUCGGGAGGGGGACUCCUCAGCUGUGUGGGAUCAACUUUCGCCUCUUUGUUGAGCUCUGAACUUUAGUAAAUAUAUUUUGACCAUCAUCAGGUUCAUUAUCUUUAGAGAAACUCUGAAACUAUAACAAUCUGCCAACAGAUAUGUGGAUGUUUUUUCUAUCAUUUUAAAUUACUUUGAAAACAGCAGCGACUUCGGGUCUGAUUGUAAAGAUCUUUAUUGCAUUCAAAAGCUUCUGUAAAUUAAUUUUCAAAAUAAAUGUCACGCUCUUACUUCA